AUGGGCUGGGAGUGGCUCGAGCCGACGACAGAGGUCGACAGUGCCAGUUACGCCUUCAACCAACCCCUCUGGCCGUUGCAUAUGCCAGCUACGCUCCAUGACGCUGCCCAUUCGCUACAGCUUGCUGGACAAAUCACCAGAAGUUGUCAGCCCGCCGCCGAAACUUACCUUGGUCUGAGUAGCGUCUUCUCCGGCGCCUUCGAUUCGGCUUCCUCGCGUGCUCUGAGCAACGGACUGGCAUUUGUCUUCUGCACAUUGGCUGUCAUCCGUGAAAUUGCGGUGCCCGUUGUUUAG